GGUUGGGCGUUAUUCCACUAAGUGAAAGGUUGCCUGUUGAAUUUGUAGUCAAGGCACAUGCCUGGGUUAGGGGUUCAGUCCCUUUUGGAGCACGUAUAAGAGGCAACUGAUUGAUGUUUCUCUCUCACAUCAAUGUUUCUCUCCCUCUCCUUCUCCCUCCCUUCCCCUUCCUCUAGCAAUGGAUAAAUAAAAUCUUGAAAGGAAAAUAUGGCUUUGUUGGUGAAUUUCCUACUGUUCAAGUACCAAAUGAAAGAGCCAAAAACCAAGGCAGAUAUGUUGAACAUUGCCAGCAAAGAGUAUGGUGAAGACCACUUCACUGAGAUCUUUGUGAGAGCCUCUGUGUACAUGGAGCUAACCUUUGGCCUUGAUGUGAAGGAAGUGGAUCCCACCAACCGCUGCUAUGCCAUCCUUAUCAAAAUGGGACUCACCUCUGAUGGGAUACUGCGUGGUGAAAAGGAAACGCCUAAGACCAGCAUCCUGAUACUUAUCCUGGGUGUGAUCUUUAUGAAGGGCAACUGUGCCACCAGAGAGGAAGUCUGGGAAGUUCUGAGUGUGAAGGGGUUCUAUCUUUGGAGGAAGCACUACAUCUUUGGAAAGCACAGGAAGCUCAUCACCAACCACUUCAUGGAGGAGGAAUGCCUGAAGUACAACACCAGCAGGAGGCCACCAGUGAUCCUGCACAACUUAAAUUCCUGUGGGGCCCCAGAGCCAUGCUGAAACCACAAAGAUGCAAGUCCUAGAGUUUCUGGCCAAGGUUCACGACCAUGACCCAAGUUCUUUCCCAUCUCAGUGUGAGGAGGCAUUGCAA